AUGUCUUGCGCUGAUAGUUACACCCCCAAACCACUCACGGAUAUCUUUACAAAUGAUACUGAUAUUGACCGAAGACAAUGUGUGCGUACAGUACCCAUGAAGGUCCUCAUCUUAGGCCUAGGUCGGACAGGAACUGCCUCAUUACAAACUGCCAUGAAACAACUGGGCUACGUCGAUACGUAUCACAUGUAUAACUGUUCUAUCCAAAAUCCUCCAGACGCCCUGCUCUGGAUGGACGCGAUGCGAGCCAAAUACGAUGGUGUAGGCGAGCCGUUCACCCGGCAAGACUGGGAUAAACUCCUGGGAAACUGCCAAGCAGUGUGCGACUGGCCAGCUGUGGCGUUUGCGAAAGAGCUCAUAGAGGCGUACCCUGAGGCUAAGGUGGUGCUGAACUGUCGCGAUGUCGACUCCUGGCAUGCGUCGACCCUGAAGACCGUCUGGUGGCGGGCCACCGACCCCGAGCUUAGGAUGCUGUCGUACGUGAGCUGGGCUGCUCGCAUGUAUCAGCCCAUGUUGAAGAAGUUCUUCGACACCUUCUUCGAGGGCGAUUUUCCCAAUCGCGGCAAAGAUAUCUUCCUGCGGCACUAUGAGGAAGUCCGGAGCUUGGUGCCCAAGGAGAGAUUGCUCGAGUACAGAGUGAAGGAGGGCUGGGCACCUUUGUGCGAGUUCCUUGGAGAGCCCAUACCCGGCAAGGGGCUCAUUCCUUUCCCCAACAGCAACGAUAACUCGGAUUUUGUCGCGCGUUCACGCAGGAGGAAUCGGAUGCAGAUGUAUAAUGUUGCAUUGUACUAUGCCAAGAACUUGUUGGUGAUUGGACUGCUUUUGUAUAUAUUAUGGUCCUUGUUCGUUUAA